AUGGUCGACCCUGACACCUCCAGUGACCAAUCUGCAACCAUUCGAGAUGAAGAGCUCGUGAAAAAAACUUCAGAACUCGAUGCUGCUGCCAAAGAUCCCUUCUUGAUCGACGAGUUUGAAGAGGGAGAUCCUACUAACCCAAGGAAUUGGUCACGAUUACGACGAUGGUAUCUGACCUUCUUCGCUGGUGUCCUUCUGCUUAACGCCACAUUCGCCAGCGCAGCCCCCUCCGGCAUCACACUCGAAAUGAGGAGGGAGUUCCAUAUGUCUCAAGAAGUAGGCGUUCUGGCCCUCUCAAUCUUCGUGGCUGGAUAUGUCGUGGGUCCACUGUUGUGGGGGCCUUUGUCCGAGAACGUGGGACGAAGACCUAUUUUUAUUUUCCCUCACAUUGUUUUCACGCUCUUCCAAGUUGGCGCUGCUCUAGCGAAGAACCAGGCCUCUUUGCUAGUAUUUAGGUUUCUCGGAGGGGUCUUCGCCGCUGCACCUCUUACCAACUCUGGUGCCAUCAUCAGCGAUAUCUGGGACGCCAAUACAAGAGGGAAGGCCCUCGCUCUCUUCACUCUGAUGCCCUUCACAGGUCCCACACUAGGACCGACAGUGUCGGGCUUCAUUGCCGUAUCAGGAACGAGCUUCCGUUGGGUUUAUUGGACUUUGGCCAUCUUCGCUGGAGUUUGCAGUAUUUUCGCAGUGUUGACCUUGCCUGAGACCUACAAGCCUGUACUCCUCAUUCGCGCUGCAAAAAGAAAACGAGAAGAAACUGGGGACAAUCGCUACUACGCUCCACUCGAAAAGGACCGUAGAAGCUUCCUGCAACAGGUCGAGAAUGUACUCGCUCGGCCAUUCAAGAUUCUUUUUCUUGAACCGAUGCUGUUUGUCAUUACCAUCUACAUGAGCUUCAUAUUCGGCAACGUAUUUUUACUCUUUGAGGCCUUCCCUAUCGUUUUCACCGUCGGUCAUGGACUCAACGCCGGCCUGACUGGAUUAACAUUCCUUCCGAUAGCCUUGGGAGGUACUGUGGCGACAAUAUUCUCCGCUUCAUAUUACAAUCCACGCUAUGAACGCAAAGCGGCGGAACUCGCACCGCACCCAGUCCCUCCCGAGUUCCGGCUGGAGAUGACUCUUCUGGCUUCGCCGUUAUAUGCCAUCUCAUUUUUCUGGUUUGCAUGGACUUCCUUCCCAUCUAUAUCGUUGUGGGCUCCUUUGAUGUCCGGCUUUGUGAUGGGCUUCGCCAUUAAUCUGAUAUUUCUGUCUCUGUUCAACUAUAUCAUCGACACCUAUCUGUUCGUUGCUGCUUCCGCAUUGGCUGGAAGCACGGUGGUUCGCAGUCUUUGUGGUGCAGCGUUUCCUCUCUUUGCCACUCAGAUGUACGAUGCCUUGGGUCCACGAUGGGCGUCUUCCCUAUUAGGUUUUGUCGCAUUGAUAAUGAUGCCGUUGCCGUUUGUCUUUGUGCGAUAUGGACCCGCGAUACGCGCGAGAUCGAGAUACGCCCCCGCCAAACCGACGCCGGCAUCAAAUAAGCUAGAGGCAUAG